AUUCAGUCUUAAAACCAGUCAUGCCUAAGCAAGUCCAAGACAUCAAGCAGUUCCUCGAGAUUGCUCGCAGAAAGGACGCCAAGUCCGGCCGCAUCAAGAAGAACGGCAGCCAGACCAAGUUCAAGGUCCGUUGCUCGCGCUACUUGUACACUUUGGUCAUCAACGAUGCCGCCAAGGCUGAGAAGCUUAAGCAGUCUCUUCCCCCUACUCUCUCCAUUGAGACUAUCAAGAACUAAAGUACAAAAAAAAAAAACCAAACUUUUUUUCAUUAUGUCUGUUGGAGAAACAAAGACUUGCCAAUAAAAAAAAA